UCUCGCUCUGUGACCACUUCUUGGCGCAUCCUAGGGGUUGUAUAUUUUGGCCUGGCUAUAGGUAAUACAAAGUAACGCAGUAUGAUAUUUGGAAUUAAAAAUUACUUAAUGUUAGAUUGACUAUUUUCAUUCCCAAUGUGGAGAAACUUGUGUGUCAGGAGUUUUCCUUUGGUAGUGACGUAAACACAAAUCUGCACAUCAUUGGACGUAACAGCGGAAUAGUAGGCCUUCAGUUUGAAAGCUACGGUUUGCGUGCUAGUUAGCUACCUACUUCCUUGUUAGUCCAAACUGGAGUGUGAUGGCAAGCGUAAAGAAGUUUGUCCUAAAAAGCGAAUGGUUUUUCCUUAUUUUCAGCACUUUGGGAAUACAUUUUUAAAGCCGAUGUGAGCUGCGAUAUUCCUAAAGAAACAUUUCCUUUCGAGCAGGAGACAUUGGGCCUGCUACACUAAGCAUGGAAUGGAAUGCAAUUACGAGACACUGCCUAGCUAGCUACAGUUGCUAGCUAGUUAGCUACAGUUGCUAGCUAGUUAGCUCUGGCUAGCCAGCUAGCAAAUCUUUGGAAUUGCAGACCAAGAUUCUAAUGAUUUAUUUUUCUCGUAUUAUCAGAAAUUAAUAUCGAGGUAAACAUUGGAUGGACUUGGUUGAUGAUUCCGAUGGAUUAUCGCUUGGAAUAGCUCACUACCAGUUAGUGACUAGCUAGUUAGCUUUUAGCUUGCUAGCUAAUUUGUAGCAAAUGUUUUGUGUGGCAACAUAACACUAAAGACAACUAAUAUUACCAAAAGUAUAUAUCACAUAUUUUUGAUAAAUGCCUAACCCGGAGGUGUUUCGCGAGGGUCGGGGAAGAAGCCCAUCGACACAGAGAAGUGCCAGACAGGAGCGGCGCAGUAACGUUAAACCUGGAAGCGGUGCUACUCCGCACCGAGAGAAACACCGGGAGAAGAGGCGGUCGUCAUCUAUCCGAAAGAAACACAGUCACGCUAGGGGGAAAACACAAUGGCAUACGCCAGAUGAACCAGACAGUGAACGGAGAGGCACUCUUGAAAGAGGUGAACUUCGGACUUUAGUGGAAUAUGACGAUGUGAGUUCCCAGUCAGAACGCUUUUCUGGGAGCCCUUCGCCGAAACCAGAACCGCAUGCUACUAUUUUGGUCGACCGACUUAGCGAAGUUGAGUUCACAGGCAUGAACGGACCGACAUCCCCAGAGAGAAGGUCUCGAAGAGACAGGGCUGUAUUGCAUCUCAGGAAGGAUGAACAAAUCAGUGGUUCGUCCGAGAGGAAUAGACAAGAGAAGGAACCGAAAAGAAAGGAACGCCAGAGCCGUGAGAGGGAUACUUCGAAAUCUCGUGGUAGUAGCCUGAGCGCCACCAAAAACAACCGAGACGGUGCGAGAAACAUUGACAGUAACGGCAAGAAGACGUCUACAACCUUGGCCCCCAUGUCUUUGGACAAAAAGGAAUCUAAACGGCACAAAAGUAAGACACGUUCUGAAAAGGAGCCCCCGUCUGCAUACAGGGAUGCACCACAAUCAUACCGAGAUGACCGUGAAGAACUCGGGGCCUACAGAAGAAGUCCUGGUUUCAAGGCAGACAGCCCACAUGGGAAAUCGUAUUCCUAUGGAUAUCAGUCUCCCAGUGGUAGUUAUAAUAACCAGUUUAUAUCUAGAAGAAGUCCCAGUUAUGGGAACAAAAGGCUGUCCCCUACUUCAACAUACUACAGCCGAGAUUCUGAGGUCUAUGGUGCCUACAACAUUUCAAAGUCGCCCAGUUCAUACUCGAGCAACAAAAGAAAGCGGUCUCCAACGAGCCCAUUCAAUUGGCGCAGGUCUCCAAGUUAUGGCCGACAUAGUCCAUUCGAACAGGGAGAACUUGCUUCAAGUCCCUACGGUACCCGUCGGCGAUCACGAAGUCCAUACCGAAAGUCACUGAGCCCAAGUCCAGACGUAAGGCGAUCUGGCAAGUCUCGAAGCAGGAGUCCGUAUUCCCCCUCGAGGCACUCCCGCUCACGCAGCCGCCACCGCCACUCUCGCUCUCGCAGCCGACCCUCCAGCCUCUCCCCCAGCACACUGACCUUCAAGAGCAGCCUGGCGGCCGAGCUCAGCAAGCAGAAGAAGGCCAAAGCUGCCGAGGCAGCUGCCCGGGCCAAGAGCUCCAGUAGCACCUCAACUCCCACCAAGGUUCCCUCUGCAGGCUCCCACCAACCCAGCCCCAAGACCAACCAUGCCACUAAGAAGGGCCCCAGGACCCCUGUGUCGAGCCAGCCCCAGUCCCCCGCAGACAGGACCUCCAAGAGGAGCACAGAGCCCCCCAAGCCCAGCAAGGAUAGAGAUGUGAAGGGAAAGGAUGUCCCCUCGGUGCAACGAGACAAGAGGAAAGUACCAGCAUCUGGACAGGGCAAAGAGAAGGAACGAGUCACUGCCCCAACUGCCUCUACACUGACAUCUCUACACCUGCCCCCGAACAUCCUCGAGCACUUAGCUGGAGCAGACAGCUUGAAGGACGUCUUACCAUCGCUAUCAGGGAAGAAUCCAGCAGAGCGUCAGAAGGCCCGCCACCUCCUGAGCGACCUGCCCCUUCCUCCCGAGCUACCCACAGGCGCCUCCUCCCCUCACAGCCCAUAUGACGAGAAGAAGACCACGCUUCGCCGCAGGCCCAAGAUCUGCGGCCCACGCUUUGGGGAGAUCAAGGAGACUGAGAUCGAUUGGGGGAAACGGUGCGUGGACAAGUUUGAGAUCAUCGGCAUCACAGGAGAAGGCACCUACGGCCAGGUGUACAAGGCAAAAGACAAAGAUACAGCUGAGAUGGUGGCCUUGAAGAAGGUGCGCCUCGACAAUGAGAAGGAGGGCUUCCCUAUCACCGCCAUCAGGGAGAUCAAGAUCCUCCGCCAACUCAACCACAAGAGCAUCAUCAACAUGAAGGAGAUAGUCACUGACAAGGAGGACGCCCUGGACUUCAAGAACGACAAAGGUGCGUUCUACCUGGUGUUUGAAUACAUGGACCACGACCUGAUGGGGCUGCUGGAGUCUGGCCUGGUCCACUUCAACGAGAGCCACAUCAAGUCCUUCAUGAGGCAGCUGCUGGAGGGCCUCGACUACUGCCACAAGAAGAAUUUCCUGCACAGGGACAUCAAGUGCUCCAACAUCUUGCUUAACAACAAGGGUCAAAUAAAGCUGGCAGAUUUUGGACUAGCUCGACUUUAUAACUCUGAGGAGAGCCGACCGUACACCAACAAGGUGAUCACCCUGUGGUACAGACCCCCAGAGCUUUUACUGGGGGAGGAGAGGUACACACCUGCCAUUGAUGUGUGGAGCUGCGGGUGCAUUCUGGGGGAGCUUUUCACAAAGAAGCCCAUUUUCCAAGCCAAUCAGGAGCUUGCCCAGUUAGAGCUGAUCAGUCGAAUCUGUGGCAGCCCCUGCCCCGCUGUGUGGCCAGAUGUCAUCAAGCUGCCCUACUUCAACACCAUGAAACCAAAGAAACAGUACAGGCGGCGGUUGCGAGAAGAGUUUGCUUUUAUACCACCCUCUGCCCUGGACCUGUUUGACCACAUGCUGGCGCUGGACCCCAGUAAGCGCUGCGCUGCCGAGGCGGCACUAAGCAGUGAGUUCCUCAAAGACGUGGACCCAACCAAGAUGCCCCCACCAGAUCUCCCCCUGUGGCAGGACUGCCAUGAGUUGUGGAGUAAGAAGCGGCGGAGGCAGAAGCAGAUGCCAGAGGAGCUGUCAGCCUCCAAGGCUCCCCGUAAGGAGCUGGGGCUGGGAGACGACAGUCGUAGCAACACCCCCCAGGGCUUCCCUCCGCCUGGGGGACUCAAAGGCCAAUCUGUGGCUGCCUCAGCCCUACUGGACUCAAAAGCUCCCAACUCCCAGCUGACCCAGGAACAGCUGGCGGUUCUCCUCAACCUGCUCGGCCAGUCCAAGAGCGCUGUCAACCCGGCCCAGAUUGCCAAGGUCAACCCCGAGACUCUACAGCAGCUCUCCAAGGUCCUGCCACCAGAACACUCUGACUCCGACCGGCCUCCAGAGCCACACCCUCCACUCAAGCCCCACAAGCUCCCUCAGUCAGGUGGAGCACCCCGCACGCCCCCCAUGCCCAAGCCCCCAUCGCCACAUCCCUCGUCGGCAUCGCAGGGUAAGCCUGAUGGGGAGGCGUCGGCAGCCACCCAGACGGCAGUCACCAUGCUACUGGCCCAGCUACUCCAGGCCCAGCAGAGGCAGGAAGCUGGCGAUACAGACGGCACAAACGCACCAGCGGGAGGACCUCCUCCGCCACCCUCUGAGCCAAAGCUGCCCCCAGAGCCUAUCCCUGUCUCGCCAGUGUCCGAGGGGAGCGGAGUUUCAUCCAGACCCAUCCUCCCCCCCGACCAGAGACCCCCUGAACCACCCGAGCCCCCUCCCCGCUGUGAGGACUUGGACUACCGGCAGAAGAUGGCGCGUAAGAUGGGCCACCUGCUGCCUAUGCCAACCUCAGGUGGAGCUGGUGAGGGAGGAAGGCUCCCGGAGCCAGACUACCCACCCCACCCCGGCACAGAAGGACCCAGCUAUGGCGGUGACUACAGCCGCCCACCCCCUCCACCCUUCCCUCCUGUAGGUUUUGGCGACUGCUACAUGGGCCACAUGUUGGGGGGUGGCCUUCCCCCCCACAACCUGAGGGAAGUGUUCAGCAGCAGCACUCAGCAGUCCUCGGCUACCGGGUCCCUGGCCACCUCACUCCAGGAGCCCUUCCCUUCAGGCAGAGGUGGAGGUGUUAGCAGCAUGGUGUUCAGCGGUGACAAAGACCAUCGCUUUGAGUACAAUCACAGCCCCUCCUUGCCUGUGGAAGGGAAGCCCAACCCCACCAGCAUCCACCUCUAUAACCAUGCUACCCCUCCCCCGCCCAUCCCUCCUCCGGGCCAGUCCUGGAGCUCCCCUUCCCAGGCUGUGGCCCCACCUAUGCCCCUUGGCUUCAACCCACAUGUGAACUCAGCAGCCAUGCGAGGACGACACCUCCCCUUCUGAUUGGCUGUGGCAUAGUGAAUGGGCGGGGUAUGAUGGACACCUCAGACUUGUGGACUCAAAAGAAACUGAGCCCAAACCCUCUCAGGCUAGACCAGAGGGAUCUGGAAAUGCACACUUGAUUUGUAAUAAAAAAUACAAAAAUCUGUGUAAAGCAUUUUAUUCCUCCUGUAUCUGGAAUGUGGGGUAUGUUGCAGAAGGGGGGUUGUUGUAUAGGGGGGUCUUUUUUUGCUCAUACUGUUUCAUAUUGUUUUUUUGUUUGUAUUCUACUACUGUCUUUUAAAUUAAGCUUUUACCUUUUUUGAGUGUACAUUUACCAGGCUAGGUAUUGCUUUUAAAUAUGUACCCAAGCCUUUCUUUUAAUUGCUACCGAGCAAACUGUUUUGCACUACUGACUAAAGUAGGCGAGAACGAUUUAGGUAUGAAAUUAAGUGCUAUAUCUGCACAACUUUUAGAAAAUGACCUAAGUUUUUUUUUAUUUUGGGCCAAGCAUAUGUUGAAACCAGGAGGGCUCAGUUGAUCGGGCUCCUGACUUGAAGGUGGUUUGUUUUUGAAGAGGAUUGGCUCCUGAAAGACUGGUGGCACAUGGGUGACUGCAGUUAAACUGAUAGCUACUGAUUGACUUGAUGGAGGAAGGCCAUGUUCACUUUAAUUUCCACAAGCCCUUUGCCAAUAGCCAUUGUAAAACAAAAGGAGACAUGUAACCCAACUUCAAAAAAUACUUUUUGUACUAAAAUGUUUUUUUUUCUUUUCUGGGGGGGGGGUCAUAUGUUUAUUAAAGAAAUGCCAACAAUG